CGAGAGCGGUGUCGCAUAAUUUUGACAAUGCGACUGCGAGAGCACGUCGCCGCGCAUCCGAAUCCGGAGGGUUGUAAUAAGUACGACGAGGAACGAGACGUGGCAUAAUUUUUAACGAUGCGAAUCGACGCGAAAGGCGCGACGCGAAGGGUCAAUUCGCACGCGCGCGCGCGCGCGGAAAAGCUGAACGGUAUUACACGCAUCCCGUCGUCACGGUCUCGCGACAAUUAGCUUCGAGCGAGUGACGCGCAUCGCCCGCGUGUGUUUCGAUAGUCUUAAUUGUACGGUGUCGACAAUGUAACCCGGAGCGCAUUGUUUCGCAUUUCGACGUGCAAACACGUCGAUACGUAAACACCACAAAAUUGCAUCUCCCCAGGAGAUUACGCGGCGUGCGCGAGGAUGGUGUGAAGCGCGCACCGCGACGCCCGAUUGAGGAAACGCUGAAUUGUAUAUUGUUCGCGAGAGUGCAUCUGGGACAAGUUGAACGGGUUCCAGGAAGAGGCGUCGCCAGCGGAACUUUUAUCGUCUUUGCAGCUGUUACCGGUGACGAAUUUCAGCGUCCAACAUCUGGCUACUCGUCCUGAGGGACGCAUAGAUCAGAAGUAAGGAUGGCCUUCCAUUGGGAUAAGCUCUCGCCAGCGGAAUUCCAACAACUUCAGGACUUGGCAGCUUAUUCCACGCGGAAGCUCCAGGAUGUUCUGGCCGAAUUUUGUGGGAGCAACACGACACCGAGUGGCGUGCCGAAAUAUCAUCCGGAUGGAGACAUCGAUUACGACGGUUUCCGCAAGUUCCUGAAUUCGUAUCUGGAGAUCGAUACGCCGGAAGAAUUAUGCCGACAUCUUUUCCUUUCGUUCGUCAGGAAGGACUCGCGCGGAGUGGACGGCAAAGCCUUCAAAGAGAUGGCCGUGCUCUCCUCGACAACCGCCUGCGCCGCAAUUACAUCGCACACGACUUCCAGCAGUAACGUUAAUAGCACCGGCGUACCGGGCGGCGCUACGACGGAGAGCCACGUUGGAUCCUCGCUGGCCGACAAAAUUCACGGAAUUACGGAAAAAUUGCAAGCGCUGGGCCAUCACAGAACGGAAAGCGAAGCCUCGAGGACGCGGGGAAGCGUGCAUCCGAUGUUAACGGUCACCCAUACGUCGUACAGCUGUCACGACGUGCUAGAGAAGAAGAGCACGGAUAGCAGUCCAAGUCAAAGCCAAAUGUCGCGUAAUUCAUCCAGGAAGUCGAACAAUUCUCUCCUAGUCAACGUCAACGUCAACAACGGGAAAUUGGAAGAGAUGAGGCAUCUUGUCAGAAAGCAAAGCACGAUAGACGUUCAGUCCGUUAAAGUCAGCCUCAAAGACAUCGUUUGUUAUCUCUCUCUCUUGGAAGCCGGCAGACCGGAGGAUAAACUGGAAUUCAUGUUCCGGCUGUACGAUACGGAUGGGAACGGCGUCCUUGAUACGAACGAGAUGGACUGCAUCGUAAAUCAAAUGAUGAACGUCGCGGAGUAUCUCGGCUGGGACGUCAGCGAGCUGAAGCCGAUUCUGCAAGAUAUGAUGAUAGAAAUUGACUACGACGCAGAUGGCACGGUCUCGCUGGAAGAGUGGAAGAGAGGUGGCCUCACGACAAUACCCCUGCUGGUCCUUCUGGGUCUGGACUCCCACGUGAAGGAGGACGGGAACCAUCUGUGGAGGCUGAAACAUUUCAGCAAACCCGCGUACUGCAAUCUCUGUCUAAAUAUGUUGGUUGGCCUCGGCAAGAAAGGGCUUAGUUGCGUCUUUUGCAAAUAUACGGUGCACGAGAGGUGCGUCCAAAGAGCUCCAGCCUCUUGCAUAGCCACUUACGUCAAGAGCAAGAAGACACCUCAAACAAUGGCUCAUCACUGGGUCGAAGGUAAUUGCCAGGGAAAAUGUUCCAAAUGCAGAAAGACAAUCAAGAGUUACAAUGGCAUUACCGGUUUACGCUGCAGAUGGUGUCAAUUAACCUUGCACAAUAAAUGUGCGUCACAAGUGCGAGCGGAAUGUACGCUCGGCGAUCAUGCGAUACACAUCCUUCCACCUACGGCAAUUUGUCCCGUUGUGCUCGACAGACAAAGGUCAUUGUCGAGGGACAGCAAACGUGGUAGCAAACACUGUCAGGACAGCUCAUCGGUCAGCUCUGGUGUUUUCCUGAGCUGCGGUGGUAGUUCGUCGAAUCAGCAACCAGCAAUGUCCUUUCAAAUUACACCAUCGGAGGGCACGACGCCGCUUUUGGUUUUCAUAAAUCCAAAAUCGGGCGGCCGGCAAGGCGAGCGAAUGUUACGGAAGUUUCAGUACAUCCUGAACCCUCGGCAGGUUCACAAUCUAGCACUCGGCGGGCCCAUGCAGGGCCUGCAGAUGUUUAAGGACGUGGAGAAUUUUAGGGUGAUCUGUUGCGGCGGCGACGGGACAGUCGGUUGGGUCUUAGAAACCAUGGAUCGUGUGCAAUUCGAGAAACAGCCUGCCGUGGGUGUUAUACCUCUCGGUACGGGUAACGAUCUCGCCAGGUGCUUACGCUGGGGUGGUGGUUACGAAGGUGAAGCUGUAGACAAGGUGCUUAAGAAAAUAGAAAAGGCGACGCAGGUGAUGAUGGACCGCUGGCAAAUAGAAGUGGAUCAAAAGGACGAGAAAAAGCCGAAUCAAGAUAGCAUACCGUAUAACAUCAUUAACAAUUAUUUCUCGGUGGGCGUCGACGCCGCCAUAUGCGUGAAGUUUCACAUGGAGAGGGAAAAAAAUCCGGAGAAGUUUAACAGCAGAAUGAAAAAUAAGCUGUGGUACUUUGAAUACGCAACCACGGAGCAGUUCGCGGCCAGUUGUAAAAAUCUUCACGAAGAUCUCGAGAUAAUUUGCGACGGUACGCCUCUGGAUUUGGCGCACGGUCCAUCCUUGCAAGGAGUCGCAUUGCUAAACAUUCCUUUCACUCACGGGGGCUCGAACCUCUGGGGCGAGCAUCACACGCGGCAUCGUCUUGGCAAGCGAAAAAAGCGACCCGACAAAGAGCUCAGUACCAGUAGCUUCAAUUCCGUAGAUCUCACAGUCGCUAUUCAAGACAUCGGGGACAAUCUCAUAGAGGUAAUCGGUCUGGAGAACUGUUUGCACAUGGGACAAGUGAAGACCGGGCUACGACAUUCCGGCCGGAGGCUGGCCCAGUGUAGUAGCGUCACCAUCACCACGAGCAAGCGAUUCCCCAUGCAAAUCGACGGCGAACCUUGGAUGCAAGGUCCUUGCACGAUUCGCAUCACACACAAAAAUCAAGUACCGAUGCUGAUGGCACCACCGCCAGAUAAGAGCAAGGGUUUCUUCCGGUUCUUAAAAAGGUGAACGGCAGCAGCAGCUUUACGCUUUCAUCGAAGGAGGAUGGAUACUAUCGAGUGUGAAAAGAUCAAUUCCACCUGUCUCUACCCAGUCUUCGUCAUCGUCCGGCACGUUUAUUCCUCUUCAUUACGGCGCAAAAAUGUAUCAGUUCCAUCGUAUGUAGUCACAGCUUCGAUACACGUCUAAAACGCAAAAGAACGCGAGCGUCAACGCGCCUUAGAUAUUGUAUACAGUAUUUUUCGCGUCUUGUGUAUAGUAUUUUUCAAAAAUAAAUUACGAAAUUUUAUGUCCUAGUCUUAGAACACGCCAAGCGGUAGGCUCGACCGUCUCUUAAGCCUUUUUAACGUUAGAAAUUUUCGCGAAAUCCGUUUUGUUUGCCCUUAACUGCCAAAGCACGGACGUCGAGCGGAAAGGAUACGAUUAUUCGCUGUAUAUAUAUAAUGUCGAUAAUAACUCUCUGUUGCUAUAGGCUUAUCGUAUCGGCUUUCAGCCGUGAGCGCGAUAGAUUUAAUUUAUAUAAAAUUCGCUUCGAUUAAAGGUGUGUUUCAAAUUUAGCGAGAAGAGGCUCGUCAACACACAAAGAGACGUCGUCGACUUUCCAGUUAAGGGUGACCAUUAUCUCGCGCAGGUAUUAGUCGCGCAGCGAGUGCUUUCACGUUCCGAGUUUUGAGUCUACCGCUUCUUACAUGCAUGUGCAGAUCGACCGGCGCAUGUAAUUAUACGCAGCAAAAUAGACGACACAUUAAACACGGCGAAUUAUUGUGCGGCAUCGUGCAAACGAGAGUGGAGUUGAAACGGCCAUUUCAACUUAACCGCGGACGUGAAUGUACGAUUCUUUCAAGAUCUAUCGCCGAACAAUUAGCGUCUCUCUAGCGUGUAGAAAGAAUGGGCAAGCAGAGAUACGGACUGGACUGGUCGACAUUUUCGCUUGUGAUACGUGAUAUAUUCCUAAUUCUGGUUCUCCUUUGCACGAAUCCGUCCGUCGAAACACGAGUCACGUACUUUCCACAAUUAACUCUAUAGGUUUUUUGUACCGAAGGCUUAGCCGUAAACGCUUAGGCAUAAAUCACAAACUUUAUUUAUUUAUUUUUUAUCUGUACGACGUAUUAUAUAUAUAUAUAUUUAUUUAUUUAUUUAUUUAUUUUUCGCGUAAGUUUAUAUAAGUCAGAGCAAUAUAUCGUAAGCAUAUCAACGAGCAACUGCGAUUAUGCGUAGCAUGUUGUAAUAAUUUGGUUGUUGAAUAUUUUGUAAUCGCGAAAUUGGCGAAAUUAAGGAUCAUUUAAACCUUCGCGGAUCGUAAUUGAAAAAUUGUACAACCCGCGUUUUUAUUAUUUUAGACAUUUGUUAUUUUUAAUAAUUGUAUAUACAUAUAAUCAUUGUACUUUUCACGAUUCAUACUUCGCAUUCAUGUUUCUGCACUCUUCCGUGCGAUCGCGAAAAAAUUAUUACUAAAUUUCUCUUGUAUAUCCAUUAAUAUACGUUGUCUUAUUACGUGUAUGAACACCGAUAUUCUUCACCUGUAUUAUUGGUAAACCUAUCCGCCGAUCUAAGUAACGAUUACUUCGAAAUGCUUCUCUUCGUCUCUGCUACUGUUAUUCCAAUUUAAACAUUGUACACCAAUGACGAUCGAUUCAAUAUAUCAUUUUCUUAAGAUUUUUCGUAAACGUUAAGGAAGAAAGUAGCCCUCUAAUGUAGCCAUUAAGUGUCUCGUCUGUUAAAUCAUAUAGAUUCUAUAUUUCCGUGCAAUUGUUAAACACAUUUUGUUAGUACGAUACGCGACAAAUCUGAGAUAUAUCAAUUUUGAAUCUAAUUGUAGCGAAAAUGAAACUUUAUGUUUUUGUAUAUUAUAUAUACAUAUAUACAUAUAUAUAUACAUAUACGCAGCCAAAGAAAUAUUAUAUACAAUACAAUUAAAAAUCCCGCAGGGACCAUCUCGAUAUAUAAACGAUAAAGAUUUUAAAUUUUCAUAUCUUCUUGCAGACUUCGAGAUUUUAAUCUUUUGUAAUGUUUAAACCGUCAGUUUUGCGACAUCUCUCGCCGCUAUUUAGAUUUUACUUACGACAAAAUGCACAUUACGCGAAAUAAAUUGGAGAACGAACGCGUAAUUUAACAAUUGAUUCUAGAGCAACAAGUAUUAUAAGUGGGAGUUUUACAUAGCAUAGUUUACAUUUAUGAUAAUUCAAAGUACAACAUUACACCUCCACUAGGUAGAUGGUUUAGCUUACUCUCCACCCCAAACCGAUCACUCAUGAUCGUCAUUGUUUAUUUUUUUUAUCGCAAUUGCGCGUACGAUUUACGUGACGAUUAACGCGGUCGAUUAGUCGCUAGAUAAAUCGAAAUACUACGCUUAUGAAAAAAAAAAACUUGUAUCGAUGAGAAGAAUGAAAACAAUUUUAAUUUUCGAGUCGGUAUACUUAGCGAGAGCGAGCUCUUAUUGGGGAAUGAGAAACGACGCGAGAAUGUGAAAAAUCGCCGCCGGGGACAAACGGGAGUUUCCAUCCCCUGCGGUUCUACGUCCCUUCGAUCUGUGAAUAAACUAACGGAACAAUAACGAUAUUGUUUUUCUAUUGGAUUGGCGCAGUGUCUCAGUGUGCUUUGUCAUUGUGUAACAUUAUAUAUGAUGCGAGAAGACCCAAAAAUUACUCGUUAUACGGCAGUACAGGGAAGUGUAAGACAUUUUUCGCGACGAGGCGAGAGCCUGUUGGAAAUUCGAGGGGCACACAGGCUUUACAGCGACGAUCUUGUUAAGUACCUGAGACAAAAGUCGGAAGGAAAGAGCCGUACUGUGUGCCGACAAUAUUCCAAGAAGGAUCUCGCUCCGAGUUUCCAGAACAUCGUAAAGAAUGCGAUCGUGAAGCGUGAAUCGGGUGUAAAAUCAGAAUUAUAAAAUUCUUAGGAUCGCUGUAUAUCGAUUUCCUAUACAUAGCACCGAAUGAAAAUAAUUAGGCUGACUUCGCACACAAGCAAUAUGCAGAACAAAUAUAGAAGUAGCAAAUAUUUAAUAUGCAGAUGAUAUAAUAAUACAGAGGAAAAUGUGACACAGUUAUGCGGAUCACUUCGGAAAAUUAUGUGCAGACAACAUCUGUCAUAAAUAAGAUCAAGAUAAAAAUUUGUUGCUGACGUAACAGUUUAAAUUAGUAAGAAAUUUCGAUUUCAUUAUUUGAAUAGAAUUUGAUAAGAAUUGUUUUUUAUUUUUGGUCUUUUUUAUUUUUUAAAUAACAGAAUCUGUUUUGUGGAAUGCUACAAAAAUAGAUAACUCAAAAAAUUAAUUAAAUAGUAGAGAAAUUUAUUUUAUAAAAUUGUAAAUUAUGUACUUGAAUUUCUGGAUAUUCUAUAUUAUUUACGUUUCUUGAUUCCUAGUACAAUUUUUGUGUUCGAUUUAAUUUGAACUAAAUAAUUCCUACACUUGAGAUUUAAGUUAUGUUAUCGUAUUUUCGCUGUAAAUUCCUUUCUUUACGCCACACUAGAAUUUAAUUAUAUCGCUCUUUUCCGUAAACAAAAUUUUAAAAAAUAACCACAUAAUAUGUAAAUCACUCAUGUUAUGAAUAAAUCACGAAAAUAAUAUACAGUUGAAAGUAAAAAAGACCAACAGUGCAAACAGUUCUAACUAUAAUUCUUAAGAUUAAUCUUAAUUCGGAAUUAAGAAUUAAAUUUCACAGAAUGAAUUUUUCUGUAAUUUUCUUUUAAACGCUUUUACUCUUUGUGUAAUUAAAAAGCUAGGAAUAUUAUGAAUUCUACAUCGCUAUAUAAUAAUUAUGCAAAAGUUGAAUGUUAUUGGAGAUACCAUACAUAUAUAUUACAAUCCGAUUCACACUUCGCCCUUCGCUUUCGAUAAACAUACGUUACAUAAAACGAUGUCUGGCAUACGGAAUGUAUAACACGUUAUAGUCGUUAAGCGCUACUUGUGGCUGAAUUAGCUGAAUUUACUGCCAUCUUUUUUUGGGUCUACGUACGUUUGAGCACUACUGCCAUUUUCCAAAGGAUAGACACAUACGCGAAUGAAAAAGCCUGUCUAUAGUGUAAUAUAACAUAAGAAAUAAAAUGUAAAUUUAUCGCGAA